GGACGCUUUCUUCAGCAGUUUCUCGGCAACCGCACUUCCCCCCCCGCCCCCGGCUUCCGUUCCCCGCGGCGAUGCUGGCCAGGAGCGCUUCACGAUGCUCCGGUAAACUUAGGGCCCCGGUUUCACGGCCGUUGUUGCGCUUCGCACGGCCACAAUGUCGGCGCUUCUCGAUGCCUGCAACCGGGCCGACGACGCCGGGGUCUCCGCCAGUGUCAAGCACGGGGAUGCUGGCGCCGUUCGUCGGGGAGCUAGACAGGAUAGCUCCUUCGUUCAGGAUCAAUGGCGCCCAGAUCCAGGUUCUGCAGUCGCCGGCCGAGUUCUACGAGACCCUCAAGGCCAAGAUUCGCAGUGCCGAGAGGCGCAUCUUCUUGUCGACGUUGUACAUUGGCAAGUCGGAGAAGGAACUGAUCGCCACCCUGCGAGAAGCUCUGCGCGCGAAGCCCGAGCUUCGGCUCAGCAUCUUGACCGACGCCCUGCGGGGAACCCGCGAAGCCCCGAGUCCGUCAUGCGCGUCGUUGUUAGCCCCUCUAGUCGCCGAGUUCGGCCCCGACCGAGUAGAGAUCCGUAUGUACCACACGCCGAACCUCACCGGUCUGAGGAAGAAGUACGUUCCGAAGCGGAUCAAUGAAGGCUGGGGUCUGCAGCAUAUGAAGCUGUACGGUUUCGAUGAUGAGAUAAUCCUCUCGGGCGCCAACUUAUCCGGCGACUACUUCACGAACCGCCAAGACCGUUACCACCUAUUCUCCUCCAAGGAUGUUACCGAGUACUUCGCCAGUCUUCAAGAUGCCGUCUCGUCGCUGAGUUUCCUGGUCCAGCCAUCCCAAUCGCAGGCGGGCUUCGAAUUGGUAUGGCCGGAAGACAACGUCGCCCCAUCGCCCCUUCAAGACCCUAAGCAGUUCGUCAAGGAGUCGACCUCUCUCUUGGCUGGACUUAUCUCGCCCAAGAUGGCGCCCCUGACUUCUCACGACGCCACUCCGUUGGAGAAGAGGGACACCUCGGUCUAUCUGCUGUCUCAAUUCUCGCAGCUGCUGUUGCCAGACACAUCAACCGAGCUCCCUGCGGUUACGCACGUGCUGAAAACGCUGGCUCUACCCCAAUACGCCGACUCGUCAUGGACAUUCACUGCAGGCUACUUCAACCCUGAGCCGUCACUUACCCAGUUGUUGCUUUCCACCCAAUCCCAUAACAAUACCGUCAUCACCGCGUCGCCAUAUGCCAACGGCUUCUACAAGUCACCAGGUGUAUCCGGGCUUCUCCCCGACGCCUACACUCUGCUUGCGCGUCGAUUCGUCCACGCCGUCCACCAGCACCAGCGUGAGGAUUCGACAGUCCUUCGGGAAUGGCGAAAAGGCACCGUCGGUGAGCCAGGUGGCUGGACCUACCACGCCAAGGGACUGUGGGUAACCCUGCCUGGGAAUAAGGACCCGUCCAUCAGCCUGAUUGGGAGCUCCAACUACACGAAGCGGAGCUACUCGCUCGACCUGGAAGCCAACGCCAUGAUUGUUACAGAGAACGAGGGGCUGAAGAAGCGCCUUGGCGAGGAGCAACGGUGGCUGCAAGAGCAUACGAGCAUUGUCACGAGGGAUGACUUUGCCAAGGCCGACAGGCGGGUGGGAAUCAAGGUCCGCAUUGCCAUGACGAUCGUGCAGCUUCUGGGCGGUGCACUUUGACCACCACAGGUUCAGUAUGGAACCUUCAUCAACAGUACCACGGACUGAGUAUUAUCCCAACCGAAACAGUCGGAGUAGCGAUUGGAAAGAGGGGAUUGUAGAAAUAUUGUAACACCAUGAACAUAGAGGAUUAUACCCAUGGAUUCGUCAACCUACGCCGUACAGUUAUGAGUUGGAUAUAAUAAAUACGGGCUGGCUCCUCGUGUGUGGCCAGGGAUUCCCCUUGUCUAUCAAGCCUCUUUGAAUAGCUCUCGAACAAUAAUAGCAUUGGCAAUAGCACGCUCAAAUAUAGCCAAAGGGCCUUGGCCACGAGUGUCGAUCCUGUCUCUUAGGGGCACACGGGAGCGAUCAUCAAAGCCCUCCUUGACUUCACCAACA